AUGAUUUCUCGAUCGAGAUGGCCGCGAGAAUGGCUGUUGGCAGAUGACAACGACAUCUGGCGGGGGAGGUCAGCGAACUCCCUCGCUCGGAGCAGAGCUGACAAUGCAGCGGACAACAUUAGCAUAGAUGUCAUGCAAAUGUGUGGGCCGAUAGGGGCCGCCUAUGUCACACAGCUAAUUACACCCUCAUGCAUAUGGAGGGGGCAGGAGGAUUGUCCAGGACGAGGAAGGAGGAUAUCUUCUGGCUUCAUCUAG